CAAUGUCAACAAAGAGGAUUGUCUCCCUUUGGCUACCGUUCACCGGUGAACCUGUCAUUCUUAAUGUUCUAACAGGCCAGAAGGAAUUUCCUGAAAUAUAAGCAUGAUCCGAAGAUCUCCGUUCUGGAGUUAAGGAUGUUCCCUGAGUUGAGGGAGUCCUUUAGGAUCCUCACCCUUUCCGCUAUGCUUAAUUUACAGCGCAUGGUCCCGUUUAAGCAGGUAUCGCCAUAAAGCUAUGUCCUUUAUGAACGUGAACCCUAAGAGUAUUGGAUGACAUUGGCAUAAAAGAAUUUUUACUUUAGCUGCAUCAUCAAUAAAAGACCAAAGAAUAUUAAACAGAGUGGAAAAUAAGGCUGUGAGAAUUACAGUGAAAUAUUUCCUCUGUGAGACAUUAUUAGUAACAUUUUUCUACUUGACUGUGAAGAAUUUGAACAAGAGAAUUUUAUUUUCCUUAGACUUGAACAGAUUUACAAAGUAGUUCUCAAUAUCUUCAGAUAGUAAUGAAGGUCACAAUUGAUGGAAAUAUAAUAGUAAAAUAUUUGAUAGAAAUAAAGUAUGAAAAUGAAAAGCUGUAUUUUGUAAUAAAAGAAGGAAAAUAUGGAAAAUGAAUAAUGUGACAACUAAGAUAACUGUAAAAAUCACUCAAAGAAGGAUUGAUUUUCCUGAGGAGAUGCAGAAAGAGAUAAGGAAAACAUCAUAUCACUGUGAUAUCUGUAAAAAGUCCUUCUCCCAAAAAAGUAACCUUACAACUCAUAAACGUAUCCAUACAGGAGAGAAACCAUAUCACUGUGAUAUCUGUGGUCAGUCAUUUUCUAGAGGAAGUGUCUUAGAUAUUCACAAACGUGUUCAUACAGGAGUGAAACCAUAUCACUGUGAUGACUGUGAUAUAUCAUUCUCACAGAAAAGUCACUUAACUAUUCACAGACGUGUUCAUACGGGAGAGAAACCAUACCACUGUAAUAACUGUGGUAAAUCAUUCUCUCAAAGAAGUCACUUCACUAUUCACAAACGUAUUCAUACAGGAGAGAAGCCAUAUCACUGUGAUGUCUGUGGUAAAUCUUUCUCUGAUGGGAAAAUGUAUUCUAAUGACAAAACUUCCAUUUUAGGUUCAGGAAAUACUCUAUAUCUGACCUAUCACUGA